GAAAACACGCAUCAACGUUGAGUCUGACUGUGAGAAAAUUUAGUUGACAAAUUCUUAGCAAAAUUGCUGAACAAUGAGGCAUGAAGAGGAAAAUGCCAACUAGAAAAGCCAAGAGCUCAACUCUAGAGACGAUAAGAGACGAACCAGCACCGGGUCCCACCAUGCGUUGCAAGAGAUCCAGAUAUUGCAAGUGUACAGGAAUCAGACAAGAGGCUUUGUUUAGUAUGCAGGGAAGCAGUCAAGGAGGUGAGUGGACGCUGUAUCGUGAGAUUGGUGAACGAGGAGUAAAGUUUGACUGGGCUUUCGACGUUGCAGCUCGUCAUCCUGAUCAGAUUGCAGUGACGGACUACAGAGGGAAGCGAAUUGUGAUCUGCAGCAUCCACGGUAACCAGAAAAGCACAAGCCCAAUGCAACGAUGUCCGCUUCGCAUUGCAGCUGUACGCACCGACAAUAGCUUGUUGGUUCUUGAGCAUAGAGCAUCCCAUGUGAAGGUGUUGAACAUCGACAACACGCUGGUGUACAAAUCCCCAACGGUGCCACUGAAUGAGGUCGGUAAGAUUGCAGUGGAGCUCCAGAGUAUAGCGGUCAAGGAGGAUGAUACCAUCGUAGUGGGUGAUGUUGAGAGGAUGGUGUUGACUGAGCAUAACCCCACUGAUGGUGAGCUCCUACGUACAAUACCAGCCAAGAUUAAACCGUAUUUUCUGGCAAUUGAUAGCAAUGAUCGAGUUGUAAUCAGUGGAUAUAAAUCAGAUGCAGUGCAUGUAGCUGAUGGCAAUGGUGCUUCACUUUUCACCAUCCCACCCUCCCUAAAUGGACAACCAGUGCGAUACUGCGGCAGGGUAUACAUUGAUGAAUCAGGUGUCUAUGUAGCAGUCCAUAAUGGUUGUAAGACAGGUCAUAUCCACCACUAUGACACUGAUCAAGGUGGCUUUCUUAAGUGCAUCGCACAGGGGUUAGAAAGGCCCGGUGGAUUCAUAUUUACAUCAGAUGGGAAGCUGGCAGUGGCUGACUGUUAGGCCAAAAAUAGUCGGUCUCUGGUCAGACCGAAGUUCUGGAAUUGAUGCGGCGA